AGACACCAGACAGAUGGAUAACAAGAGAGAAUGAGAAGGGGAGCUAAUGAUCUGUAGGUUUCAAAAGCAUUGUCAAGUAGACGUGAAAACAAGUACUUCUGUUUGUUUUAACCCGUUGUGUUAACGUGUUUCAUUAUGAGCUCUAAUCUUGUGAAGUCUCUUGCUCGGGUUUAUGACCCCAAACCACUUCAUGCUCAGAAACGAUGCGGAAGAGCCACAGCGAGAAAAGCUUCGCUUUCUACCUCAAACAAACGUCUAUCUUCACCACUUUCUGAUCAGCCUUCAUCAAAACCCUCCUCAUCUUCUGCUCUUGUACAUAUUGAAGGACAAGUCAAUGAUCUGAGUGGUAAGAUGGACAAAGUCCUCGCCUUGCAGGAAGCGUCUCUAAGAAGACUGGAUGCCAUCGGUCAAGAUCAAGGAACAGCUACAGGUGGACGAAGUGUUGAGCAGAUGUUGUGUGACGUGCGUGUUGUCAUAGAAACUGUUCGAGAGAAGGAAGAACAACAGGAUCAGCGACUUGAUUCUUUAGAGCGACUAGUCAGCGGCAUUCAACAGGUUAUCAGUUUCAUUGCUGAAGUGUUGAAACACUCGAGAUUGGCCGACCUCUUGAAAAACACACACUCAAAAUCCAGCAGCAGGUUUAGAGAAAAGGAUGGGAAGGAGAAAUCUAAAGUGUACUCAAAGGGGUUAAAAACCCUGAAGAAAAAGAAACCACUUGAUGCAUCAGACUUAGUCCAGGCUAGUUUUGAAGAAGUGCAAAAGCUCAAUCAACAGAACAGUCAGCUUUCUCAAUGCACAACAGAGACAGCAGCCGGCACAGCUGCGCAUCUGGAUCUUAUUGAAGAGGAGCAAAAAGAAGAGAGCUAUAAGGAAAGAAAGGAUGACAAACAACAGGCUGCAGUGGAAGACGAGGCCAGAGAGCAGGAAAUUGAUGCUGAAUUACUGCAGAUAAAAGAAGAGGAUAAAAAGGAGGAAGAGGAGAGUUCAAAGAAAGAGGAGGCGAUUUGGUUAUCAGAGGAGAGCCAGCUAGCUGCUCCAAAUUCAUCUGGCCAGACUGAUGAAAGCAUUACAGUCACACCAGACAGCUCUGAGGAGAAUCCGGAAAUAACUUUCAGCACUAAGAGGCAUGUUGCUGACGAGACGCUGACAGAUGACCUUAAAAAAAGCCGAGUGGAGGAGGCGUCAGAGGAAGAGGAUAAGGAAUUAAAGGAGGAAGAGGAGGCAGGACUUGAAGCUGCAGAGGUGGGACCAGAGAGACCAGAUGAGGGGACAGAAGAUGAGAGGAAAGAUGCAGAGUCAGUAAUUGACGAAUAUGUCAUUGAUUCUUCCCCUCCCCCACCUGCACCAUUUGAGCACCGUCUAGUGACACCCAAAACCCACCAGAUUACCAGCUACUACACUAUCAAUAAAGAGGAAGUUCUCGGAGGAGGACGCUUUGGCAUGGUGCACAAAUGUGUAGAGAAAACUUCUGGCCUCAUAUUAGCAGCCAAGAUCAUCAAAGCCAGGAGUCAGAAAGAGAAGGAGGUAGUAAAGUGUGAGAUUGAAGUGAUGAACCAGUUGAAUCAUGCCAAUCUGAUCCAGCUCUACGCCGCCUUUGAAUCUCGACAUGAAAUCAUUCUAGUGAUGGAGUAUGUUGAUGGUGGAGAGCUGUUUGACCGGAUCAUAGAUGAGAACUAUAAGCUGACCGAGUUGGACACGGUGCUGUUCAUCAGGCAGAUCAGUGAAGGGCUUCAGUAUAUGCACAAGAUGUAUAUAUUACACCUUGACCUAAAGCCUGAAAACAUUCUCUGUGUCAGUCGAGAAACAAACAAGGUCAAGAUAAUCGACUUUGGGCUUGCAAGGAGAUAUAAACCCAGGGAAAAGUUGAGGGUGAACUUUGGUACGCCUGAGUUCCUGGCUCCUGAGGUCAUCAACUAUGAAUUUGUCUCAUUCCCAACCGAUAUGUGGAGUUUAGGUGUCAUCACUUAUAUGCUGCUCAGUGGCUUGUCUCCGUUCCUGGGUGAGGAUGAUAAUGAGACACUAAAUAACAUCCUGGCAUGUCAGUGGAGUUUUGAAGAGGCAGAGUUUGCCGACAUCUCUGAGGAGGCCAAAGACUUCAUCACACGCCUGCUUGUGAAGAGCAAAAGUUGGAGAAUGAGUGCAUCCCAGUCCCUGAAACACCCAUGGCUUUCAGACCGAGCGCUUCACUUCCGUCUUCACCAUAAGAAAAACAAGUGUCACUCUUCACAUGCCCCUCCUCCAGAGGGCUAAACCGAAGUGAUCAUUGGCUCUCCUGGUGCCGUGGUGACAAACUGGACCAAUACUGUUGUACCUGAACAACUACACAUCUGUUUAAUAUUACAGUCACAUACCGUACUGUACAAUGUCUGUUACCUGUUUACCUCAAGCUAAAACAUCAUACAACACAUUAAAAAUACUGCUCCUCCUCCUUUUAACUGUCUUUUGGCUGUUGUCUUAUAAAAAAAAAAAAGAUACUACAGACAGUUAAUACUACAGUGAUUUUGUCUGGCAUGUGCACUUUAUAAAAGGCCAGGAUUGGAGGAAGUAUGUUUAUGGCUAAGAGUGCAAAAGAGAAAUCAUCAUUCAUACUCUAUACGCACAAAUGUAUUGAGUCUUAUCAUGGUAAUAUUCUGUACGUCACUGGUUUAUGGUAACAUAUCAUUCACAUGAUAUUUGUGAAGGCAUUAGAAUUUGGUUUUGACUGAAAUUCACACUGGGACUACUGUACUGUAUUUUACACUUGAAAGUCUAGAACACUUAAUGUCAAAAUCCUGCAAAUGAUCUAUGGUUUUUGAAUGUUAUGUCUUUUCUGCUUUUCUGCCUUUUAGGAGGUCUAAGUGACAGAGUUUGGAGUUUGUCUGUGUGCAUGUACCUACUGUUAUCUGAUACAAAUAGCCAUGCCCCAAAUACACCUCUCACUUACCACAUUUUAUUAUAUAAUGUCAUUUAGAGGGUUUCCUCUAGGGCAAAUGUUGUACAAAAAUAAUUGUUCAGAUUUUUUUGUCUUUUGGUGACGUUUUUAAGCUUGAAAUUUGAGACUGGGACACUAGACUGUCUGUUUUAGGCAAAAUAAUGUCUUGUUCACUCCCUCUCUUUGUAGAAAACAUCUCACCUUCCAUGAAGGCAAAUGAAAAAAAAAACAGAACACUACCUACAGAUGUAUUGUAUGUUUUGUGUGGUUCUAUAUAUAAAGAUAAUGUUUUGCUUUGA